AUGGGUGCAACCCUUUCUUACCUCGGCUACGCAUCACAUCAGCAGCCUCACCCAGGUUUUUAUGAGCGUGUUUCCCGGCAGCUGCACCAAGGCUUCGAACCAACUCUCAUCUUCGGCAAUAAAGAUGCAGUUUCACCCUCCAUCAUCGACCUCUGUACUCGUCUUACCGCUUUGGAGAAAGAUCUUCAGAUUUCGCGAACGGCAAACACCAACAAAGAGGCUGUCAUUCAGUACCUUCUGCAGUCCAGCGUGAGCAACGCGCGUGUCAAGGAACGCACUGUAAAGCUCAAGGAGCAGCUUCUAGUUCUGAAGACGACCAUCGACCAUACUCACAAGGAGAAGAAAGAAAUCAAGGACAAGCUGAGGAAAGCUGAAGACACUAUCUUUGCCCUAUCCAGGCCCAAUGUUCCCAAUUCAAUGUCUCAAUCUAUCUCAACAAGCUUCAGCAGUCACAGCGAUUCCCCACCGAAAAGCGAGAUAGUGACCGAGGAUUUGAUUGAUCUGCUAGACUGCAGCCAAGAGUUCAGCAAUAAGUUCUACGAAGACGAGUCAGAUACUGAGGGAGUUUCCAACAGUACUACGCCAUUUCAGUCUCUGCAACAGUCUUCUGAUUCAGAUUUCGAAGGGUCCUCGUACAUUGUCCAUUUCGCGGACAGCGAUGAAGAUACGAAAUCACAGGACGCUGUUAAGGUGUCUACAAAGAAGGUCAGGGUGCCUCGCGGCUUAUCAGAGUCUAUCACGCCUUCAGAGCAGCAGAACGACAUUCUUGUACUUUCCGAAAAGGCCGAUGAAUCUUCUUCGGAGGAUGCAUCCUCUCUGAAUGGUCCUAAUUCCACAGCAACCUCCUUUACUUCUACGAGCAGUGGAAAUUGGCCGCUCAAGGCCAAGCUCCUCAAUGAGGAGUUUUUGCAGCUGAAGGCCUUGCAUUCUGAAGGCGGCAAUUUGGAUAAAUCUAUGGCUAUAGUCAGCACAUUAGCAGACAAACUAUGCAGUUUCGGCACGCUCAAUCAAGACGAGCCAUUUCGGCCAACGGCCCAAGCCCCUACGGAAUCUCGAGAUCUGCAGACCUCAGUCAAGGGUGAUACCACCGAGCCACGUUGGAGCCCAGAGAGAAUCUUUGAGUCUGUUCAAGAUCGCAAGACUGCCGUCUUAAUCAACGGACGUAGUGCUCAGACUGGAGCAAGAGAUGUACCCUAUCCAGACUUCUUCAAAUAUGGUAUCCGCUAUGUUCCCAAAACCUACGAGCAGGAUGUCUAUCGUACCGUUGCAAUCUCGGGACUCCCGCCAUCUGUCACAAUGAUGGCUCUUCUAGAGAAAGUCCGAGGAGGCAUGCUCGUCGAUGCAAAGCUUCUGGACACAGCCAAGAUUACCGGUAGUAACACGGCAUUAGUGACUUUCUUACACGAGCGUUCAGCCAUGGCAUACGAGGAUCGUGCGAAAGAGCAUCCCAUAGCCUUCAACAACGUUGUGGCCCAGGUUGCGGUAAUCCCAACUCCGACGUGGCCCAUCCCGGUUAACCUUCGAACAGGCAUCGAAGAAUUUGGACGCACGCGCUGCUUCGAGGUACAUAACAUUCCUCGCAAUCUCUUUCUGCCGACUUUGAGACAAGAACUCACAGCCUCCCCUGUCAUGAAGUCAGACAGCCUGGAGUGCAUGAGGCUGGGAGCGGACGGGGUUCUGGGACUGCGCUUUUCAUCCAUCAGAGCCGCCGGACACAGCUCUGCUUUGUUCAGCAAAACCCUGCGCUACCGGGGAUGUACCGUCCAAUGCAUCCCCGAUCCGUGCGCUCAGCCUUUGGAGACUCUUCUUCAACCACGUACAGACAUGUCCGAAGUUGUCAAGGAAGUCACCCCAGAGCCUUCCUACAAUUCGGAGGCCAAAGCCGCUGCCGAUGAGCAAUCUGGUAGGCUCACCAAGGUCGACUAG